ACGUACGCCUCCCAUCUUUCAUCACUACUCCACACAACACAGCAUCAGUAGCAUCAGGUCUGAGUAUCCACAAACGACCCUCAAUACGUCUCCAUUAUAAGCGUGGAAAUAUGUAACAAUAGGGAUAUUAUAUUUGAUCGAAGGUCGGACAGCACAAAGCUGCUGUAUAGUACCAUGGGUGGCCAUGAUGAUGAUGAUGAGAUGGCUUAUCAUGUAAUCAACAACCAACAUCAGGAUGAAGUACUGAAGAACAAAUUGAAUGACAGUGGCCUUUGGAGUGACCAAGAAUCCACUGGCAGUAACAAUGCCAAGUGGGUCAAGGAGGGCCAGAACAAGCUGCGCAAAGUUGCUGAGAAACAUUUGGACCAGGACCAGAAUGGGAACCAGGAGGACUUCUCCCCACAGAACACCACAGAGAAGGAGCAAGAAGGGAAUGUCGAACAGACUAAAUCUCCCACGACAGCCAAGACCCUACAGCUGAGGGAAGAGGGGUCCAACACCAUCCUCAAGGAGCCGCUGCUCAUUGAAACUCUGGAGUCUGCAAAGGUUAAAGACGGUGAAGAAGACGACGAUAGAGAGAAGGAAGAUACAUCUGAGGCAGAUGAAGAGGCUUCCAGUCUUACAGAGGAAGAGAAAGAUUUGGACCAGAGUAUCUUAGAGGCUCAGAAAGAGGGAGGGGGUGUGGCUAGAAAUCCCUGUAUGCUGUUCUCUAACGUGAAUGGAACACCAAGUGAUGAAGAAGCCAGCUGGCCAGCUCUGUCUCAGGAUAGCACUGUUGAAAGUCCCCCAAAUGGGAACAAAGAGUCGUUCUGGGACUCGGAUGCCUUUGAGGCGGACACAGACCUGCCCUCUGGAUGGAUGCGGGUUCGAGACACUUCAGGCACCUACUACUGGCACAUCCCCACAGGCACUACUCAGUGGGAGCCCCCCUCCCCUCUGGACAAGGUGGGAGACUCCAUGAUGUCCUCUAGUAUGUCCCUGGAGACAACUCCCUGUGAAGAGGAGCCAGAGGAAACAUGGGGAGAUCUCUCUAAUACAGAUGAAGGGACUAUUGAUGGAGAUCUGUGGAAGGAGGGAGAAGUGGCCUCCGACCAGAGCCUGAAGGAGUUUGAAGGAGCAACCCUACGCUAUGCGUCCAUCAACCUCAACUGUUCCCACUCCGAGGAAGAGGAGAAACGUCCCCAUGGCACUGACCUGGAGGCCAAGUAUUUUGCGGUGCGCUCUCUGGGCUGGGUGGAGAUGUGCGAGGAGGACAUGGCACCAGGGAGAAGCAGCGUGGCCGUCAACAACUGCAUUAGACAGCUGUCCUACCACAAACACAACCUCCACGACACCGCCGGCAUCUGGGGAGAGGGUAAAGACAUGCUCAUGGUCCUGGAGAAUGACACCAUGAACCUGAUCGACCCGCUGGGUCAGACUCUGCUACACUCCCAGCCCAUCGCCAGCAUCCGUGUUUGGGGUGUUGGCCGGGACAACGGCAGGGAAAGAGACUUUGCUUACGUGGCACGAGACAACCUGACCCAGGUCUUGAAGUGUCACGUGUUCCGCUGCGACUCGCCGGCCAAGAACAUCGCCACCAGUCUGCAUGAGAUGUGCUCUAGGAUAAUGACCGAGAGGAAGCUAUCCAAGCCAUUUCUGAGCCGAUACAAUUAUGACCAGUGCAAACCCAUGGAGAUUCCUGCUCAAGAGUUCCCUGUUCCAAAAAACGAGAACUUCCAACGUUUCCUCGUGUAUUACCUUGGUAACGUGCCAGUUGCCAAGCCAGUAGGUAAGGGAGCCAUGGGUGUGGAUACAAUAAACAACGCUUUGGAAGCUGCGAUGAACCGCAAAAGAAAGCAAGACUGGAUCCCUGUCUCUGUCAACGUGGCCCCGGCCACCCUCACCAUACUCACCAGAGAGACAGAGGAGGUGUUGUCAGAGUGCCGGGUGCGCUUCCUGUCCUUCAUGGGCGUGGGGAAGGACGUACACACCUUCGCCUUCAUAAUGGCCGAAGGGCCCGGGGACUUCAUCUGCCACAUGUUCUGGUGUGAGCCCAACGCCGCCAGCCUCAGCGAGGUGGUGCAGGCCGCCUGCAUGCUUCGCUACCAGAAGUGUCUGGACGCGAGGCCUCCCAGCCUGGCCUCCUGCCUGCCCACUCCCCCUGCUGACUCCGUGGCCCGCCGAGUCCGAAUGGGGGUCCAGAGCCUCCUGGGCAGCUUCAAGCAGUACAGGUCAGGCUCCCAGUCCCCUUGAGCAGGGGAGAGGUGAAGACCUACACCCUGCCAACGCUAACCCAUCAUAGCAGCGCCAGUUUUCUCUCCCUCUCCCCCUCUCCUCCCCCCACACUCCGACCAGCUCUUCUUCUGGCCUUCUUUAGUACACUUGUCCUGUCAUUAGUGCAUGGAGUUAUACUUAACUGAGACAAGGCUUACUCACCAGUGAUUGCAAAGUAAUUUAUUUUCCUGAAACAUCUAGUGUCUUUACUUUGCUUCAAACUCGAACCGAAUGAGCCCUGACAACGGCCCCUCGUUUGAUCCAGUGCUGGGAUUUAAUCCGUGUGUUAUUUAUUUUUUGUGUUUUAGCAGAAACCAUGUCUGGCGGGGAGGGUAUGAUGGGACAUAAACUACAUGUUUCGUCACAGUAGAAUGUUAUUUAGGACUGCUCAGAAAUACAUCUCAUCUCCUCCCCAGUGCAAUUAUGGUCUGGACCACAGUCCUCCCCGUAUAGAAACACCACCUCUUUUUGUCUCUGAAGAAGGUAAUGAAAUCACUGUCUAGCCUGGUAUUCAUCAUACUAGGCAUCUAAAAGUCCUGUGUCACGUAGGUAGUCGUGUGUUUCCCACCGCGAGACAAUGUAUUUUAGUCUUCCAAAGAGGUGUAUAAUCCCGUGUCCACGUCAUAUUAAGUAGCGCCCCAUCUGAGGUGUUCCCCCAUACAUCUGCAUGAACAUUUGCAAGUUCAGUGCUUGUGUGCAAUAAUCUGACUUUCCUGUGCGCGGUGGCGGUCGAAAAAGCCCGCUAGGCUUCCACAAGUUUUAUUUAGCCGCGGUUUCACCGAUGUGGGAGCCUGGCUACAUCUGGCUUUCUUAAGUAACGGAGCCAGUGGGGAAAAUAGACUUCUGUUCAUGGAAAAGUAGGAUGGAAAUGACGGCCUAGGCCUGAGUCAGUCAACCACAGCUUUAACAACAACCCCCUUUCCCCCACCAAAUAGUACUGUAGUAGCACACACUGCAUGUUUUAAUAGCUUUCAGGAAUAACAAGGAAAAUUGCAGCUGUUAAGCACUAAACUCUUUGUUAAUUUAUCACACUAGAUAUGAGCUACUGUAUGGGAUGGGGGGGGCUGAAAUGUGUACCUGUCGUUUAGUGUUUGUAAGGCAUGUUCCUCGAGUCUAACGGUGUCAGUGUAGAAGCUAGCUAGCGGUAGAUUAGUAGUCACUAUCAGGUCUUAUCCACGGAGUAGCUGAGAGCAGGUCACUAUCAUUCUCCCUUGUUCACCUCCCUGGGAUAGGACUAACAUCGAGAGGAUGACUUUGCAUUUCUGUUUGUCUUCUCGUUUUUUCUGGGUUUUCUUUUUUUUUUUUACUGCCUUUUGGCGUGUUUGUGCCCUGGGCCCAGCAAGUAAUGUAUUUUGUAUUCUUUGCAUCCGCUAUAAUGUAGACUAUUGAGGAGCAGUUGCACAUAUGCUCAUUAUUGAUUGAUUGUCCUAGAGAACACCAGUCAAAGACUAGUUGUGGUUUUAAUGUUUCUAAACUGAAAUAUGUGUUUGUCAGAAAGUAUUUAGUGCAAUAGUUAUUUGACCUAAUAACAAUUAAACAUGUAAAGUAUAGGAAGAAAUUAGACUGGAUUGAACUGUAUAAUAUUAUAACGCUUCUCACUGUUUACUUAACAUUGUGCUCUUUUUUUCUAAUUAUGUUAGUACUUCCAAGGUCGACAUUAAAAGCAAAAUAUAAAUUAGAACAGUAGCUGAUUAAUUUAUUUCACAAUUUGUGUAUAUCAGGUGUAUAAAAUGUAUCUGUAUAUAAAAGCCACUGCACAAGAAAUAAAUGUGAACAUAUCUUC